GUGGGAAAAGUCGCGUGCUUCGAGAUGGAUGGUGGAAAUUGGCAAACUUAUUGUGAUCGGCUGGAUAUGUAUUUUUUGGUAAAUAAGGUGGAGGAUAACAUGAAGCUGCCGACGCUGAUCAGCUGUAUAGGAGACUCCGCGUAUGAGCUGAUGGUCAAUCUGUGCAGCCCGAAGAAACCGUGUGACUGCAAAUACGACGAAGUGAUUAAAGUGAUGGCUAAUUAUCUACAGCCGAAACCGUCGGUAGUAGCCGAAAGGUUCAAAUUCCGUCAAUGUCGACAGAGUAGCGGCCAAUCUGUAGCUAAUUUUAUGGCGGAAUUGAAGAAAGCGUCCAAGUAUUGUGAUUUUGGUGCUAAUCUGGACGAUAAUAUGAGAGACCAAUUUGUGUGUGGCAUAAAUAGUGAUUUUGUUAGGCAGCGAUUGUUUGCGGAGGAAAGUCUAUCUUAUAGCAAGGCGGUUACGAUUGCUACUACGCUGGAGGCGGCCGAACGGGAUUCACAUGCAAUCGGAGAUAAGGAUAAUGCUAGUGACAAAAAUGAUGUAAAAUCAGUACAUAAGAUUCAACCGGUCAGUGCGGGACGUAGUCUAUGCGAGGCGUGCGGCGACCCUCAUCAUAAACAAAGCGAGUGCAAAUUUAGUCAAUAUGUGUGUGACGUGUGCAAAAUUAGGGGCCAUUUACGUAGGAUGUGCCCGCAAGUUAUGCGUGGCAGCAGUUUUGGGGCUAAUCGUCGUGGCAAUGGGGGCCGCGGGGCGGCGAACCGCGCGCGGUCAUGGCGCGGGGGCUGGAGCGGCCGAGGCGGAGGCGCCAGGUCCGGCUUGCAUUGGGUGCAAGGCCGGGACGCGGAGGCCGAGCAGGAGGAUUUCAUGGAGAGCGAGCGUGAACGGGACGGCGAAGCAGUUGUGAAUUUGAUGUCGUUAAACAAGUACAAGCCGGCAUAAGCCGUUAUUCGAGGAGGCGUUGGGCCGGUACACCGGGGGCAAGGCGUCGCUGUGUGUGCGCGAGGGGGCUCAGCCGAUUUUCUGCCGCGCGCGCCCUCUGCCGUACGCGCUGCGCGCGCGCCUCGACGCCGAGCUGGACGCCAUGCUGGCGGCUGGCGUCAUCGAGCCCGUCGACCACU